AUUAUUAUGUUUUUCGAACAGAAUCCUUAAUCUCAGCGAGUAAUUAAAAUAUGAAAGGUUUUGGAAAGGAAAUGAGGUUUUUGAAAUAAGGUUUUCCGGCCGCCAACGGCGGAGGCUCUAUUACGUCUGUGUUGGUCCUUUAAUGGCAGCCUUGAAGCUCUUCUCGCUGCUUCGUCGUCGACAACGUCCGUUCUCCUCACUGCCACCUUCGAUCUUCCUUCCCUCGUGCUACCGUGCAGCUCCGACUCCUUGGUCACUGUCACCACCAGUGCCGCCGCCAUCGCCACAUCCAAUUCCAUCUCGCAGACCACUUCACUUUCUGCCUAGCCAAUGCUUGCUUGCGUGCUCUACUUUCCAGCACUACUCUCGGUCGUUCUCGAUUGGUUCUUCGUCAACUGAUGACUCAGAAAGCGGGGAACUUAGUCUGGGUGUCGAGUCCACGGCCGAACUGGAGUUGUUGGACGUAGAGAUCGGUCGUGGCGGUGGCGGUGGUGGUGGUUUGGAAGUCGUCGGUGGUAGUUGUGUCAGUGAUUAUGACUCUAUUUUCCCUGUCCGUGCAGUUAUUUCGUUGCUUGACGGGUUCCAUGAUCUCACUGGAUUACCCUGGUGGAUAGUAAUUGCUUCCUCCACUCUGGCUCUUCGACUUUUGCUAUUUCCCGUGCUUGUUUUGCAACUUAACAAGCUGAAAAGGAUCUCUAAGUUAUUCCCUAAAUUGCCUCCUCCACUGCCACCACCUCUGUCAGGAAGGAGUUAUGUGGACCAACUUGCACUCUUUUUGAAAGAAAAGCGAGCCAUUGGAUGCCCUUCAAUUUUAUGGUUCUUUGCAUAUGUCUCUGUCCAGAUCCCAUGCUUUUUAUUGUGGAUGACAAGUGUAAGGAGAAUGUCAUUGGAUCACCACCCUGGAUUUGAUUCUGGCGGCACUUUAUGGUUCCAGAAUUUAACUGAGUUCCCUCAUGGUCUUUCAAGCCCCAUCUUUCCAUUUCUGAUUGCUGGACUGCAUUAUACAAAUGUUCAGCUUUCUUUUAGGACAACUUCAGUUGGAAAGAUGACUGGCUUGAUUGGCUUAUUGGCAAAAUACUACAAAUUUUAUUUGAAUUUUUUGUCUCUUCCAAUAUUUUUCAUUGGGUUCUGUGUUCCCCAGGGGAGUUUGGUUUAUUGGGUCACAAAUGCUACAUUAACAAGUAUUCAGCAAUUAUAUCUAAACAAUCCUGCUGUGCGCAAGAAGCUGGGGUUACCAGACAAGAAAGAUCCUGUAGGAACUGUGAGUUCUAAAGAAUUGGAUGCACCUGAUCUAAAAUCAUUGGAUCCUCUAAAAAGUCAGGGCAAAAUCACUGUACAAAACCUAUCCCCUCAAGAACUGCUCAGUCUUUCGAUCAAAUUAUUAGCGCAAGGGCAAAAGGAUAGAGCAAUUUUAUUGCUGCAACUGGCGCUUGACAAGGAUCCCGAAUACAUAAGAGCUUUGGUUGUCAUGGGGCAAACUCUAUUACAAAAGGGACUGCCAGCAGAUGCUACUGAAUAUUUAGAGCGUGCAAUCUCCAAGCUCUUUCUUGUUGGCCAUCCAACUGAAGCUGAGGAGGUUGAUCUUUUGAUUCUUGCUUCUCAAUGGGCUGGUGUUGCUUUCAUACGACAGGGGAAAAAUGCAGAAGGAAUUGUACACCUACAAAGAGUGGCCAAUCUGAAAGAGCCAGAGGAACAAAAAAGCAGAGCACAUUAUUUUGAUGGGUUGUUAUUGCUUGCUAGUGCUUUAUACAAUGAAGGGCGUAAAGCUGAAGCAGUGAAGUAUCUGCGCAUUCUCAUUUCGUAUAAUCCGGCCUACAGUGAAUUACUGGAACAAUGUGAGAAGGAUGACGAUGCUUUCGUCAACGAUCUAGUAAGCAGCAGGAGAGGCGAUUACUGAUUUCAUUUUCCCCUACCUUUUUCCCAUCUUUGUAAGUGUAUCAUUUGUAUCUUUUUCACAGUUCAAUUUUGGUCAUCUCCUACGUUGUAGUCUAAUGAACCUGGUUUCAUUGCUGCCGUGAAAUUUCAUUGUUUGUACUCAUUAUAUUUAGGCCUGAUGAUGCUGGGGCCUAUUAAAGAAUAAAGGAUGAAUCAGUCACCA